AUGAUUGACAACGUGUCCAACUUGAGGAAUAUGGUGACGUCAAAACGCCGCAACACGGAAUCGGUUAUGUUCUAUCUGCACUAUCGCGUGACCUUCCUGCUGAUCAUGUUCUGCUGCAUUCUUGUCAGCAGUACGGCAUUCUCCGACACCAGGAUUGCCUGUUCGUCCAAUCCUAACAAUGACAUCAGCGAAGCCAUGUUGGAAAGUUACUGCUGGGCUUCGUCGACCUAUUCUGUCAAAUCGGCCUACAUUGGGAAGAGGGGAAAGGAAGUCCCGCAUCCUGGUAUUGGCUCUUCUGAAGACCCAUCGGAAUACACAUACAGAAAUUUCUACCAGUACAUCCAUUUAGUCCUCUUCAUACAGGCUCUCUUGUUCUACAUACCUCACAUGGUGUGGAAGCCCAUUGACAGCCAGCACAUGCAAAUCAUCAAUGAUCUCAUUACAGAAUGUUCACCAGAGGGAAAGUCCGAAUCUUUGAGUACAGCAGCUUCUUUUAUCCGAGCCAAAUGGGGCACGCACAGAGCAUUUGCACUGCUGUAUUUCCUGUGUGAAGUUGCAGCCAUUAUAAACAUCUUCAUUCAAGCACUCCUUCUCAAUAAAUACUUCACUGGGAAGUUUUUAGAUUUGGGUUUGAUUUACGCGAGAUAUUACCAAGCAGAACACACAGAACAACCAAUUGAUCUGUUUCCUCUAAUAACAAGUUGCCAUUUUAAGAGAUAUGGGGCUUCUGGACACAUAGAUGUUGUUGAUGCUUUGUGCGUUUUACCAUAUAAUGCUUUAAAUGUAAAAAUUUAUCUGUUUUUAUGGCUAUGGUUUGUUAUUCUGUUAGCUUUGUCAGCAGUAAAUCAAUUCAAUUUUUUGAUGAAAAUGACAAUUCCAACAUACAGGACUCUGUUUCAGAGACUAUUCUACCAUUCAAAAGUUAUUCCCGGUCAUGACAAUUUUAUUUCGCUGAUGACGAAAGGAAAUUUUGGCGAUUGGUUUGUUUUGUCAGCUGUCAAGUCAUCUAUGGAAGAAAUGAUAUUUUAUGAUUUGAUGGAACAUUUGGAACAGAAGAUGGACUUAAGAAAAGAAGAAUAA